AUGAAUCUUAAUCAAAGACCCAUGAAUAGAACAUAUCGACUAGAGAAUAGUUCUUUCAGCAACCAAUCGGCAAAAUCUUCGAGAAAUCUUGUAAAUACAAAAGGAUCACCAACAACAUCGAUCUCACUUGCUAUAGACGAUCGUCGACAUUCCGAUGAAACAAAUGCAGAAAAACUUUUUACUGAUAUAGUUUUAUUUUGUCAACAAGAGAAUACACAUUUUGUUGAUGAUCAAUUUCCACCAAUAGCUCGUUCUAUUGGUUACAUUGAUGCAUUGAAAAAUUAUCCAUUACAAUGGUUAAGAAUAUCGGAAAUAUCUCCAUCGUCACAGUCAGAUCUUCGUUUGAAAUGGUCAGUUUAUUCAUCACCAAAACCAAGUGAUAUUCAACAAGGUACUCUCGGUGAUUGUUGGCUUAUGGCUGCAUUAGCUCUUAUUACUGAACGACCACAAAUGCUUGAACAUAUACUUUUAAUAAAGAAAAUUAAUAAUCAAGGUGUUUAUCUUGUACGUAUUUGUCAUAAUGGUUUAUGGAAAACAGUUAUUGUCGACGAUUGCUUUCCUUGUACACAAUACAAUCAACUUGCAUUUACCCAAGCACAUCGUCGUCAAUUGUAUGUUCCUCUAAUUGAAAAGGCCUGUGCAAAAUUAUUUGGUUCCUAUGCUGAUUUGAUCAGCGGACAAACUGAAGAAGGUCUUCAAUUGUUAACUGGUGCACCAUGUGAUCAUAUUGAUCUUAAUUCAAAGAAUCACACAAUAGAUAGUGAGAUGAUUUGGGCGAAACUUUUAUCGGCUUGUGAAUCUCAUCUGUUAAUUGGCGCAUCAACAGGUCGUUCGGAUAUUAGUGCUGAAGAAUAUACUCGAAAUAAUAUUCCGAGUAAUCAUGCAUUUUCUGUACUAGCCGCACAUUCAUUAUCAAAUAUUUCGAUGCAAUUUGUAUUAGUUCGAGAUCCACAUGCUCGUUCGAAUUAUUCAGAUGAAUCAAUUACACCAUAUAUUCUUACUAAAUUAAAUAAUAUCAAUAGAGAUUAUAUAUCACCAGGUGCUUUUUGGAUUUCUUGGCCGAAAUUUCUUCGUUUUUUCAAUUCAAUUACAAUAUCGUCUUACGCGACUGAUUACUUUGAUAUUCGUGAAGUCAAUCGUUUUACAAGAUCAUCUACACAAUUAAUUCCAACGUAUCAUUUCCAUUUAUCGAAAACAUCAUUGGUUAAUAUUAGUUUAAUAUACCAUCGUGAAAAUCGUCGAAUAAGAAAUACGCACACACAAUCAUUUGUAUUAUGUAAUGUUGAACAAGGACCAUCGAAAGAUGUUGGAACACGUCAAGCUAUAUUAUGUACAAGUCGUGGAGCAUUUACUCAUUGGAUUGGCUCUUUAACAUCGGGCUUUUAUGUACUUAUUCCAUUUUCAACUAGUUUCUGGAAUGAUGAUCAUCAGCCUAUUAAAGAUUAUACUCUAGUCAUGCAUUCAAAAGUUCAAAUAAAUGUCCAGGUUACUCCCGAACCAGCAGCACUCUUAGCCGACUGUUUAAUUGCUUCUGUUUUAAAAAAUAAUAUUCCACCGCAAAGGGGAAAAGAUUAUACGUAUUACGUAACAACAAAUCAAUAUGAUUUUAUAAUGUUUGUCGCUGAAAAUUUAUCACCAACUGAUUUUUUAAAUCUUGAGAUCGAUUCAAAUGAUAGUAGACAUGUUCGUAAUUCACGAAAAUCCCUAUCGACUUUUGAUUGUAUUCCACCGCGUCAUAGACAAAUUACUUUUCUUAUCGAAUGGACAACAAAUGAACAAGGACAAAAAGCAAAAAUGGAUUAUUUAUAUAGAUCUCAACAUGUCAAACAAUCGAAUCCGUCCGUACCAGAAAUAUAUAAUAUUCAGAAUAAUUUUCAUUCGUUUCGACCUUUUUGA